AACAAGCUUACUGCUGUAAGCCAACGCUCCGCAUCACCACAGCACGCGAAAGCUGCGCAGUUACUGUUUUUGAAACUCUACUAGCCAGCUGGUCCAUUUCCGACGUGUUUGUCCAUCCCCGACACCUUCAAUGCCUCACAUGAGCUCAUAAGGGCAGGCCAUCAAGGGCUAUAGGGUCUGACAGCUUGCGGCAGCAGCUUAAAAGGCCUGUGCAGGCCUCCGCAGUCAGAAUGCCCCGCGUAAAGCGCGAAAUGGCACAUGAGAGCGAUGAUGAGCAAUAUGAGGAUGCUCGCGAGGAGGAGGAGGGGCCUGGCGAGGUCGAGGAGGAUGGCGAUGCGGAGGACGCAUUUGAGCGGCACCGGAGUAAUGAAGGUGCUGGGCCAAGCAACGCGCCCGCAGGCGCGGCCAGGCCAGACACUUUCGCGAAGGGCGCAAUCAAGCUCGUCAGGAUGCAUGACUUCAUGACCUACAAUGGAACUGUGACGGUCCGGCCGGGCGCGCGUUUGAACCUGGUGCUUGGGCCAAACGGUACCGGCAAGUCGUCUUUGGUGUGCGCCCUGUGCAUCGGACUCGGAGGCUCGCACAAGAACCUGGGCCGUGGUGAUAGUACCAAGGCCUUCGUGCGCCACGGCGCCACCUCGUGCUGGAUUGAAACCACACUGAGCUCGGGCGGCCAGGGGCGCGACUACGUCAUCCGGCGCACCAUCACACUGCGCAAUGAGCGCGUACUCAAUGACGACCGGCUUGAGGAGCUGGUGCAGCGCUACUCCACAGACUACAAGAUCAACGGCAAGGACGCGACCCAGAAAGACGUGGACAAGCUGGUGAAAAGGCUUAACAUCCAGUUCGACAACCUGUGCCAGUUCCUGCCGCAGGACAAGGUGCAGUCCUUUGCGGCCAUGGACAAGUACGAGCUGCUGGCAGCUACCGAGAAGGCGCUGGGCGACGCCUCGCUGCACGACCAGCACCAGAAGCUGGUGGUGCUGCGCAAGGAGGAGAAGAUCGCCACCGCGGAACGGGAUAAGACCGGCACACAGCUGGAGAAGCUGAAGGGGGUGCAGGCGCAGCAGCAGCGCGAGUACGAGCGCUACUCGCAGCGGCAGGAGCUGAUUGCCAAAGCUAAGGCUCUGCGGCGGCGGGCCAAGUGGCUGGAGGUGGAUGCGAAGGCCAAGUCGGCGCGGGUGGCCCGGGAGAAGCUGCAAGGCGAGAAGGCCAAGCUGGAAGAACUGGAGGCGGCGCAGCAGAACGACACGGCGCCCAUUCAGGCGCUGGACGCCAAGUGCGGCGGGCUGCGGCGCGACAAGCAGGACCUGGACAAGGACGCGCGGCGGGCGGAGGCGAACUUCCAGCGCGCGCAGGGUGCCAUCCGCAAGCAUGACGAGGACAUCCACAAGCUGAGCACCGAGCUGACGGGGCUGCAGGAGGAGGCGAGGCGGCGGCAGGAUGCCAUCGCAGCGGCGGAGCGGCGGCUCGCAGCAGCGGCACAGAUGGUGGAGGGCAUGCCGGAGCGGUCACCGGAGCUGGAGGCACGCGCGGCGGCCCUGAGGCAGGAACUCAUGGACCUGCGCCACGCCGAGCACGACGACGCGGCGCGGCGCAACGACCUGCAGGAGCAGGCACGGCAGAAGCUGGGCGACAUCCACGCCGUGCGAGGACAAAUCGACCGCCUGGACAGCCGCAAGUACCAGCUGCUGCAGCGCCUGGGGCUGAAGCACCGCAACAUCGACCGGCUCUACGCCUGGGUGGAGCAGCACCGCCAGGACGGCACCUUCAGAGGGCCGGUGGUCGGGCCCAUCGGCCUGGAGAUGACGGUGGCGCCGCCGCCGGACCUGUCGCAGGCGCAGGCGGUGACGUACGUGGAGAGCGCCUGCGCCGCCUGGCUGGGCACCUUCCUCGUGACCUGCCAGGACGACGAGAAGCUGAUGGUGGAGCAGGCGCGCGCGAUGCAGUGCUUCAAUGUGCGGACGGCGUGCAGCGUACACCCGCCCGACCAGGCCUUCCAGGCCGCCUACCCGCACGGCACCGCGGAGCAGCACAGCCGGUGUGGUGUGAUGUACACCUUGGAUCAGCUGAUCCAGGCGCCGCCCAUCGUGAUGCACGCGCUGGUCAAGCAAUGCAACCUCAACACCACAUUCAUCGGCAACACGCACGCCGCCAGCGCCAUCGAGGUCAUCGCCGAAAGCACGCCCAUCAGGGCCAUGUUUGUGGAGGGCGUCAAGUACGAGAUCAUCAGGUCUCAAUACAACACCAACACACGCCACAUCAAUAGCCGGCACGUGAACCCCCCACAGCUGCUGUCCGGCAACUCCAACGACGACGGCCUGCGCGCGCAGCUGUUGGCCCAGGAGAACGGCCUCAAAAAGGAGCACGAGGCGCUGGCACAGCAGAUCACGGCUGUGGACUUCCAGCUGUCGCUGCUGGCGCAGCAGAUGGCCGCCAAGGCUCAGGAGCUGCAGACCCUAGACCAGCGCAUGAGCGACCUAAAGCAGCGGCGGCUGGCGGCCAUGGCGGAGCAGGGCAAUGCGGCAAUGAACCUGCGGAACAAGCGCGACGUGCCGGACCCCGUGCUGCGCCAGCCCAUGCUGCAGGCCGCUAUCAAAGCCAAGAUCGGGCAGCACAUGGAGCUGCUGGCCAAUGCGCUGACGGCGGCGGACGGCGUGAAGCUGCUGAUCUGGGAGGGCCAGCUGCUGGACCUGCAGCUGCGGGAGGCGGGCGCGCAGCUGGAGGCGCUCAAGGGCGGCUGCCGCGCCCGCGAGCAGGAGCUGACAGCGGCGCGCAACGCGGUGGAGGCGGCUCGCAGCGCCUUUAAGGCCCACGAGGCCGACUACAGCCGUUCCAAGGCGGUGGCGGAGGAGCAUUACAUGCUGGACGAGGAGGACAAGGCUGCGGUGCGGCAGCUGGGAGAGGACGGCACGCCCGUGUCGGAGCUGCUCAAGGAGGCGGAGGAGACGGAGAAGGAGGCGGAGGAGAUUGUGGUCAACAACACCAACGUCAUCGAGGCCUACACGAUGCGCCAGCUGGAGAUCGAGAAGCUCACGACCGACCUGGAGGGGCAGGAUCAGCGCGUGCAAACGCUGGUGUCUCGCGUGGAGGAGAUCAAGGGCCAGUGGCUGCCUAUGAUCAAGGAUAUGGUGUGCACCAUCAACGCCUCCUUCUCACACAACUUCAAGGAGAUCGGCUGUGCGGGCGAGGUGCGGCUGCACGAGGACCCGGACGACUUCGACAAGUUCGCCAUCGAGAUCCUGGUGCAGUUCCGGGAGACGGAGAGCAUGCAGCUACUGACGGCCACGCGCCAGAGCGGCGGCGAGCGCAGCGUGUCCACCAUCCUCUACCUCAUCGCGCUGCAGGGCGUCACCCAAACGCCGUUCCGAGUGGUGGAUGAGAUCAACCAGGGCAUGGACCCCGUCAAUGAGCGCAAGGUGUUUCAGCAGCUGGUGACGGCCUCCACGGAGCAGGACACGCCGCAGUGCUUCCUUCUCACGCCCAAGCUGCUGUCCGACCUGGUCUACAGCGGCGACGUCACAGUGCUGCAGAUUAUGAACGGCCCUUCAGUGCCCGCCUGCAUGGUGGCCGCAGAAAAUGCCGGGAAAUCCAACAUGUUCGGCAAGCGGCAGCGGCUGAACCCGUGAGGCGCCUGGGGAGGUGCCGGGAGGAGCUGUUGAGCCGUACAAGCCGUGGCGCUGCAGCGGUGGCAGUGCCGGAAGACGGUGUUCUGGUGCCGGAGGAUGGGGGCUGCGUGUCAGGCUGUGUGCUGAGUAUAUGCAUGGCGGCUUCAAGAUGCGAAGCGUGCGGCAAGGGACUGCAGAUUACUUGGAAGUGAACCUAUGUGGGGGCAUUGUUGUGACAGAGACGUGUGGCAGACGCAGGCGUGUAAGCGUACGUGGCCAACAAUGGCCUUUGACCAGAGCUACAGGAGGCUCCAGAAUUGCAGGAACACCGGAGCUGGAACUUGACAAGCCAUGGA